AUGACGCCAAUCCCCGAACCCCCCAAAAAGCGCCUAGGAAACGUCCUCGUGAUCGGUGGCUGUGGCUUCCUGGGCCAUCACAUCGUCAACCUGCUCCUCACCUCUUACACAGCCAAGGUCUCCGUGCUCGACCUCACCACAACCCGCAACCGCCGUCCCGAUCCCGAUGGGGUCGCCUACUACGAAGGCAACAUCACUUCUCUCGAAUCUCUGGUACCUAUAUUCGAGAAGGCGAAACCAGAUGUGGUGAUCCACACUGCGUCGCCGAACUUGAUGGGCGCCAGCAACGACUUGUACUACAAGGUCAAUGUGGAAGGGACAAAGUGCGUAAUCGAGGCGUGUCAGAAGACGGGCGUGAAGGCAUUGGUCUACACCAGUUCUGCGAGUGUGAUUUCGGACACGAUACACGAUUUGGUGAAUGCGGAUGAGCGGUGGCCUGUCGUCCCAGCGAGUGCGCAAGCGGAGUAUUAUUCUACAACAAAGGCCCAAGCCGAAGCCCUCGUCCUCGCCGCAAACCGCUCCCCCACCCACCCCUCGCUCCUAACCUGCUCCCUCCGCCCCGCCGGCAUCUUUGGCGAAGGCGACGUACAGGUGCUCCCGCCCAUAAUCAACGUGCACACGACCUCCAAGACGGGCUUCCAGCUCGGCGCGAACGAGAACCUCUUCGACUUCACCUACGUGCUGAACGUGGCGCACGCGCACCUCCUGGCCGCCUUCGCGCUCGUGCAGACGGCCAAGCUGGCCACGGCCCCGCUGGACUACGAGCGCGUCGACGGCGAGUCCUUCUUCGUCACCAACGACGAGCCGUGCUACUUCUGGGACUUUGCGCGCGCCGUGUGGAAGGCCGCCGGCAGCGACAAGGGGACCGAACAUGUCUGGGUCAUUGGGCGCGAUGUCGGGAUGGCGAUAGGUGCCUUGCUGGAGUGGGGGAUGUGGGUGGUUGGUCGGACGCCCAAGCUGACGCGGAGGCAGGUUAGGUACAGUUGCAUGACGCGGUAUUAUGACUGUGGGAAGGCGAAGAGGCGGUUGGGCUAUAAGCCGUUGGUCGGUUUGCAGGACGGGAUUGCGAGGAGCGUUAGAUAUUUCGUAGAUGAGAAGGCUAGGGAGGGCGAGAAGAAGGGGCAAUAA